CGUUUCAGAGGCGGGGAGAACAGGGAGGCCGAAUCCACGUAUAAAGAGAACACGCGGGAGAAUCACCGGCGAACGAUCACAACAUCAUGCCCAGAUAUGAGCUAGCAUUGAUUCUGAAAGCCAUGCAGCGGCUCUUGAAACUGCCCAAAAAUCAUGCCCUACUCUGGUAAACGUUUGAUUUACAGUUGAGCUUUUAUCUUAUUACUGUGCCGAAGAAACGGCCUAGAGUUUAAAGUAUUUUCUGGUGUCACACAUGUUCGCUGUGCAUGGAGUGUAACUCUAGGCCUUACUAGACCUGUCAGCAACAGCUAAGAAAUUCAACAUCAACAAAUUAAGCUGUGACAGUCUUGUGGAAUGCUACUAAAAGAGCAUGAGAAAUAGUCAGAAGUGAAGUUAACAAGAUAAAUAGUAGUUGGCAUCCCAGUGCCUGUACAACUGGAAUCCUACAGUUUCAACCAAGGCAGCAAACCAAAGGACAAACAUUUUACCACUCUAUACAGUUUUUUUUCCUACUUCAUAGCAAUCAUAAACGUGCCUGAUCAUUGGAUUUCCUAUUCUGUAAAUUGAAUCUGAAAUAUUUUAUAAAAAUGUUUGGUUUUAUGGAACCAGCUGAUCUAGCUGUUGUAGCACUUUAUUUUGUUCUUGUAUUGUGUAUUGGGUUUUUUGCGAUGUGGAAGACUAAUAGAAGUACUGUGAGUGGAUACUUCCUUGCAGGACGCUCCAUGACCUGGGUAGCAAUAGGUGCUUCAUUGUUUGUCAGCAAUAUUGGCAGUGAACACUUUAUUGGGUUAGCAGGAUCUGGAGCUGCCAGUGGGUUUGCAGUGGGAGCUUGGGAAUUCAAUGCAGUAUUGCUUUUACAGUUAUUAGGUUGGGUUUUCAUCCCUGUCUAUGUCAGGUCUGGUGUGUACACCAUGCCGCAGUACCUUUCUAAGCGUUAUGGAGGUAACAGAUUAAAAGUGUAUUUUGCUUUAUUGUUUUUGACUUUGUAUGUUUUCACAAAGCUUUCUGUUGACCUAUAUGCCGGGGCAUUGUUCAUCCGGGCCUCACUGGGCUGGGACCUGUAUCUCUCUAUCAUCAUUUUAAUUGGGUUGACUGCGGUAUUAACUGUCACAGGAGGACUUGUGGCUGUCAUCUACACGGAUGCCCUCCAGGCCAUUCUUAUGAUUGGUGGAGCUUUAACAUUGAUGGUUGUGGGAAUGGUUAAGGUAGGAGGUUUUGAGGAAUUGAGACGGCGAUAUAUGUUGGCCUCACCAAAUGUUACAGCAGUUCUAGCCUCCUUCAACCUAAGUUCUACCAAUACCUGCCGCAUCCACCCAAAAGAAGAUUCUCUAAAAAUGUUACGUGAACCAACUGAUGAGGAUAUUCCUUGGCCUGGUUUCCUGCUGGGUCAAACACCAGCUUCUGUUUGGUAUUGGUGUGCCGACCAAGUCAUUGUACAGCGCGUCUUGGCAGCAAAAAACAUUGCUCAUGCCAAAGGAGCCACCCUGAUGGCUGGUUUUCUGAAACUCUUGCCUAUGUUUAUCAUUGUCAUCCCAGGCAUGAUUUCCAGAGUUCUCUUUACUGAUGAAAUUGCUUGCAUUAACCCAGAGCACUGUAUGCAAGUAUGUGGCAGCAGAGCAGGUUGCUCAAACAUUGCCUAUCCACGAUUAGUAUUGGGAAUCUUGCCUGCAGGCCUUCGUGGUUUAAUGAUGGCUGUCAUGAUAGCAGCUUUAAUGAGUGAUUUGGAUUCCAUAUUCAAUAGUGCCAGCACCAUAUUUACUCUGGAUAUUUACAAGCAUCUUCGAAAGGCUGCCAGCUCUCGAGAACUUAUGAUAGUAGGUCGUCUAUUUGUUUUCUUCAUGGUAGCUAUAAGCAUUGCCUGGGUUCCUGUAAUUGUAGAGAUGCAGGGUGGACAAAUGUAUCUUUACAUCCAGGAGGUUGCAAAUUAUCUCACCCCACCAGUAGCAGCCCUGUUUCUUCUUGGUAUUUUCUGGAAGCGCUGCAAUGAGCAGGGGGCUUUCUGUGGAGGGUUGAUUGGAUCCAUUUUGGGAAUCAUACGCUUGAUUCUUGCUUUUAUUUAUCAAGCACCAGACUGUGACCAACCUGAUACUAGACCAAGUUUUAUCAAAAAUGUUCACUACAUGUACGUGUCAACUUCUCUAUUUUGGUCCACAAUCUUUACAGCAGUAGUAGUGAGCCUGCUGACCCCUGCUCUUCCUAGAACAUAUACUUCAUGCACCACAUUCUGGUCACUAAAAGACACAGACACUAUAAAAAACUCCCAGAAGGAAGAAUGUGAUAAACUAACAAACCGAACCACGGCUGAAUGCAAUGGCCAUGCCACAAGUGCGGAUAAGUCUGACAGUAAAGAUGCUGAUGGAAUCGAAUUAGUUCUGUUAACACCUGGAAGUGAUGAUUCCAAAUCUUUGAACACGUUGUGUGUCUUGGAAGGACAGACACCAAAUGAUGGUUAUAUAAAUGGACAAGCAAUGGCUGUGGACUCGGAAAGCAAAGAGGAGCCAGAACUGGAAAGAAGCAAAUGUUGGAAAUUUUUUGACUGCCUUUGUGGAUUAAAAAGUUAUGAUGUGAAAAAUCCAGUAGCAAAAAUCGCUGUAGAAGACGAAAUGGUUUGCUUACAAAUGCUUCAAGAAAAACCAAGGAUUAAAACAGCUGCUGCCAUACGUCGUACAGUGGAGGCAUUACUGGCACGUGGAGCUGUGGUGAGGAACCUGGAGAACUUGGGAGAACAGACCCUGCCAUACAAAAUAUCCAAACACAACCAGCGGCACACCAGUGGCGGAUAUUUCUUAGUGGAUUUUGAUGCCCCUCCUGCCAUUAUCCCAACCAUGUUGGAUCAUUUAGGACGUGACAUAGAUGUAAUCAGACCUACGAUACUCAAGCACCGCACCCCAGAGACUGGUGAAACCUGCCCAGGAUUGAUCCAACCCAACUAUGAAGUGAAAUUGCGCUCUAGAAGGAAAUGAUCUCAUGUUAUAAGAUAAUUAACUAUUUAAAAGAAUAUAUAACCAAAGCAUUCUGUAUUGAAAGCUAUUGGGAUGUUACUUUAUUAAAGAUGAGAAAUAUUGAA